AAUGAAACAAAUAAUGAUCACGUCAGCUUCUGCCUUUUGUCUUUGCACUAAAACUUAUUUUUGUCUCAUGAUACAAAGGCAGAGAACAGGAAGUGACAAAUAAGGUCAAAGAUCAAUUUUGAGCUCAAAUAUUUCUUCAUUAUAGCAACUGCUUGUCAAGUUUUGGGAGCCCGACCUAUUAUACUUUUGUGUGGACAAAACAGAAAUUUUGAAGUGAUUUUUCUCAGUUUCACACUCUGGAGAGUUAAGAUCUUUUGUCUUUGUAGGGCGGCAUAACCUGGAAUGUGAAGGUGGAGACGGGUAGGCGGUGAUGCCCUCAGAGGAAAGGUUACACAGUGUACCUGUAAAUAUUUUUCAUGUUAUAUCUGCGAGUGGAUAGCCUAUUCACAGGUCACAGAUUAUGUAAACUUGAUUCCUGUGAGCUUUAAGCCAUGUUAUAAUGUUGUUACCUCCUCAAAAGGCUCAUAUUAGGCUAUUUUCUGAUCUGUUCUAACGUCGUUUCCUCAUCACAAACAAACCUGAACUUGUGUUCUGUUUCAUUCACAUGUUUAACACACAAACCUGCACAUUUAAGAUGAGACCAGGACUUGUGUUUUGUUUUGACAUCACAAGGUGGAACAGAGUGUUUUCAGUUUCAGUUCAGACCUCAUCUUAAAUGUGUCUUAAAACACAACUCCAGUUCUGUUUGUGAAGAGGAAAUUACAUUAAAAAAGAUCAGAAAAUAGCCUUUUAAAUCAAAACCAAUUAAGCAGUGGGUAAUGAAGUCACUAAUGAUCCUGGACUCUUGGUAAAUAUCCUACAGAAGCCUGAUCCAAUGUAAUCUUCCAUGUGACCCCUCUGUUAUGGACACUACAGUCUUUUCCUAUGACACUUUCCUCCUCUGUAGCGCCCUCUACCGCCUCUCCACAGCAGCGGGAGGGAGGCGUGUGUGUGUGUGUGGGACAUUUGAAGCUCGCUGACGGCGCAAACCCGAUCCUCUGUCCCCCCUCGGAACUCCUUCUCCGCCCGCGACCAAACAACAGCCAGCCAGCCUCCUCCAGCCCUGCGCGCACUGCCACCUCUCCACGCCGGCGCUGCGGCUCUCGUCCCCGGAUGACCCUUCCCUGCAAUCAAUUCACACACGUGUUAAUAUCUUCACCAUUACGUAACCAAGACUGUCCUUGAAACCCCACCUCAAAGUCAUGGAAUCUCCUACUUCUACUUCUACCGCUGCUACUUCUACCGCUGACAAAAAUGUUCCCCCUAAAAAAUAUAAAGCCAAAUUACUCCAAGAAGGUCAAAGCAUGGAUACGAGUAGCUUCAAAGAUGACGAGGAGAAAUCCGCCGGUCAUUUGGACGUUAAAGUUUCUGUGAAUCCUGUUGGAAGGCCGAGAAAGUCCCCGAGUUUGCAAGAAGAAGGACUGGCGCAAAGUUUGAAUCCAGGCAUGGAGUUGUCCGAAGGAAAACUGGAGCAAAAAUCGCAACAAAAACCAGGAAAAUACGUUUGCGAUUAUUGCGGAAGGGCAUGCGCUAAACCGAGCGUGCUGAAGAAGCAUAUACGCUCGCAUACCGGAGAACGGCCGUAUCCGUGUGUACCGUGUGGAUUUUCAUUCAAGACUAAAAGUAAUUUGUACAAACAUCGCAAAUCGCAUGCUCACUCGGUAAAAGCGGGGACGUUAACAGAAAUGGGCACUUAUAACGUCAGUUCGGAGCAUGGAUCUUUCGAAGGAGAAGGUGAGUUUUCCGACGGAGACCAGACCACGGAUACAGACGAUGACACUUCUAGCGAUCCUUUGCUGCUUUUGGAUACCGAAGGGUCCGACAAUACCGCUGUGAAAGUAUUAAACCUUAUUGCUCAAAAAAAGGGAACUACAAUUUCUUCUUCUACUACGCAAGAACACCACGAGUCCAGUUCUUCGACUCUGGAGCCUAGCCGCGCGAUUCCGUCCAGCGCUAUCAAGCAAAGGUUGGCGUUGAGGUUGUCGGAAAAACGUAGCAGCGAUUCGGAGCAUAAUUUGUCCCUUCCGAGUCAGUCCAGCAAAGGAAGUACGGAUUCUGGAUAUUUUUCGAGAUCCGAAAGUUCAGAACAUCAGACCGGUCCGCCAAAUACAAACGCAAAAUCGUAUCAGGAAAUUAUGUUCGGAAAAUGCUACAGACCGAGCCCGAAGCAAGCUUUUAUGAGUGAUUACAAGGAUUCAGAAAGGGGUGUGUCUCGGGUUUAUACGCAAGAAAAGGAUAUUGUUGAGUCGAUAAAGAUUAAUACCAAAUCGUUUACAAGAGAAGAAAUCAAGGAACCUCAGAUGGAUAGCUCCGAUAUGGGACUGUUGAUACGAAGCAACUCUAUGCCUACGUCUUCUGCCGUUUGUUUACCAACGCCACAAGCUUUGAGAGGCAGCCACUCAUUUGACGAAAGAACUAGUACAGGUGGUUCGAGGAGGUUACGAAGGCAAGCUGCUUUCGAACUGUCCGCGCACGAAACCCACGCGGAAACUGCAGAAAGCCAAGUAAAAAUCGUCGAAACCGGUUUAGAAAUGGAAAACUAUCCGACGAUGUCCGCGCACUUAAGUCACCACAGACACGCGCUGGAGCUGGCGACGCGAAAACGCCGCAAAGAGAAGCGCGAGGAGGAGGAUUUACCGAUUCAGUACGAGACGCAUCACGAGCAAAGUGAAGAAAUUAUGUACGAAAGUGAUUACAAAGCAAAAGGGCAAGCUAUGUGUGAGAUGGACGUGACUUUAAGUGCGGAAAUAACAACUAGAAAGACUCUUGGGAAUGUUAUAUCAGUAAUACAACAUACAAAUUCACUCAACAGGAUUCAAAUGGAGCAAGCUGAGCAUUAUAAGUACCACAGUAGUCAGCAUUAUCAACCUAUGGAGGCGAGCGAUGCGUACGAAAUCGAGAGAAGCGAUAGCAGGCUAAGGCAGUCGUUUCAAAUGGGGCCUAAGCUCGUAAGACAACCCAAUAUCCAAGUACCAGAGAUCAGAGUGACGGUAGAGCCGGAUAGUCCAGAGAAAGCUCCGGAAAUCCAAGUUAAAGAACCGGAAAAACACGUUGAGGAGUUCCAAUGGCCGCAAAGGAGUGAAACGUUAGCCCAGUUUCCUCCUGAGAAACUACCCCCGAAAAAGAAGAGGUUACGUUUAGCGGAAAUCGAGCAUUCGUCCGGAGAGUCUAGCUUUGAAUCGGCGUGUACGAGCUUGUCACGGAGCCCGAGUCAAGACAGCAACUUAUCGUACAGCUCAACAUUUUCGUUUGACAGAGAGGACAGUAUUAAAUCGCCCGGAAAGCUGGAUGAAUUUGGGAAGGAGUUGCUGGCUGUACCAGGAAGUAGCGGGCAGCAUUCUCUGUCCUUGCUGCAUCAACGUCAACAACACGAAAUGCGUAGAUCAUCAUCUGAGCAAGCACCUUGUAACUUACGCAAAGAGUUACCGGAAGUUCGUAGCAUCUCUUUUGACUACGGAAGCCUCUCGCCGACUUCUAAGCUCAAACUGGUCGACUACGCAAAAGGUGAGAAGCGAAGAGCUAACUUAGUACGGCAGGAAUCUUUGAACAUGGAAACUGAAUCAUCUCACCAACAUCACUUCUUGACCCAAAGUUUGCCAAUAUUUUCAACCGGAAGCGCUUUCCCGCAUUUGCCCCAUCCGAGUUUGCUUGUCCCGGUGAGAAUCCAAACUAACGUGCCAUCUUUCGGCAGCUUAACCUACACCACGGUAUCGCAAAUUUUCGACAAUCAGAGUGAAAGUAUCAGCUUGUGUUCGCCAACUCCGCAAAUACAACGAAAUCUAGAAACGCAACAAAGCCAUGAAAGCUCUGAUCAGACUAUUGAAGCUUUAGACCUGUCAUCCGCUAAGCUAAAAACGGGAAUACCUCUUUCGCUCACAUCCCGAACCAUAUCUACAACCAAUGCAUCGAGCGGGGGUGCGAGCAAACGGAUGUUGUCUCCGGCCAGCAGCCUGGAUUUGUUUAUGGAAGUCAAGCAGCAAAAACGCGUGAAAGAGGAGCGAAUGUUUGGGGAAAUCGCCAAAGAACUGAGCGCGGUGGAGCUCGGCAAAUGCAAUGUUAACGAAGACAAAAUGAUCCAGAGAGCCAUGGAGGAGCAAAGCAGCGAAUCGUCAAUGGACAGCACUUCAAUGGACAUCAAUGUUAUGCCAGUGGGAGAUGUGAAACUUGAAGCUAAACGUUUUGCUAUGGAGGUCGUAGCUAAGCUCGUAACCACCGCCGAUGUGAUGAUAAUCGACAGAGAGCACGCGAAAAUCUUACGGCAGUUCCCGAGUCUUCGCACCACGACGGGAGUGAGUUGGUGCUACCUAAACUACACCAAACCAAGUGUGUCUCAAAGUGCGGGCCCUCCUUACCAGUCGGUGUACGCGGUGUGGUGCAUCAGCGCUCAUAACCCGAACCCUCUGGACCUAAGCACGGGUUCGGCUCUGGCUCUGCUCCGGUCCAAACAGAAGGGGGGUCCCGUCAUCUACAGCGCAGCCCAGAUGUGUCAGCCCGGAGCGGGGAAACUCGUGUCCUCGCUCCUGCUCUGGAGGCACACCGUCGAACAGAUGCAGAGGAAACCAGAGCCCCGAGACACGGAGGCCAGCGUCUACGGAAAGAAGCCCAAGGACGUGAGGCCGAAGACGUGCAAAGACGAGUGGAAGGAGGCCCCCGGACAGAGCGCCCCCACCAGGAUCAAGAUCUUUGAGGGAGGGUACAAGUCUAAUGAGGACUACGUGUACGUGCGCGGCCGGGGGAGGGGGAAGUACAUCUGUGAGGAGUGUGGCAUCCGCUGUAAGAAACCGUCCAUGUUAAAGAAGCACAUCAGGACUCACACUGACGUCAGGCCCUACGUGUGUAAAGUCUGCAACUUCGCCUUCAAGACUAAAGGGAAUCUGACGAAACACAUGAAGUCCAAGGCUCACAUGAAGAAGUGUCUGGAGCUGGGCGUGUCUGUGUCUGUGGACGACUCUGAGAUACAGGAGCAGGUGGAUGAUGUUCCCGUGGAGUCGAAGGCGGAGGCGGCUGCAGCCAAACACCAGUUUUCCGACGCGGAGGACUCAGACGGAGGCGAGGAAGAGGAGGAGGAAGAAGAAGAGGAGGAGGAAGACUACGACGGAGACUCCACCCCCAAACUCAGAUCACGCUCCACCAGCCCCCAGCCCUGCCUCCUGUCCUCUACUGCUGUCACUGCGCUGCCAGGAGGGGGCGCCACCAGCCUCUCCGCCUCCAUCACCUCUGUGCCAGCAGGGGGCGUCGUACCCAAACGCUGCUCUUACCCUCCUCCUCCUUCAGACGACGAUUCGCUCACUCUCCUCUCUCCGGACCAGAGCUUCCUGUUCGAUCCGUACUCGUCCUGCCUCCUCUCUCCGGGCUGGGAGUCUCCCAUCAGGGAACCGUCUCCUUCUCGGCUGCGUUACCCCUCGCCGCGCAGAGAGAUGUCCCCUAGAGGGCGCUCCUCUCCCAGAUGGGACACUUCUCCGCUCAGGCCAGGGUCGCCCAGCUUCACCCCCAUCCAGCACCUCUCUCCUGGGGCGCUGGAGCGGCCGUUGUCCCCCGGGUCGGAGGUGGGGAAGAGGGGGAGACAGAGGGUGGUGCUCCGGGCGGUGUCCCCGAGGAGAGGGUCCCAUCAGCACAAAGGGGAGAAGAGCAGGCACCAGGCCAAGAUCGAGAUGGUCCAACAGCAGCAGCUCGGCGCUCAGGACAUGGAGAUGGAUCAGAAGCCCGUGUUGGCUCCUUCUCUCCCUCCAAACCUGCUGAGCCACCUCCCUCUGCACUCCCAGCACACUCAGCCCUCCCUCCUGCCCGCCAGGCCCGUCGGCGGGCUCCAGGUGCCGCCCAGCUCCCCUCCUCCUGGUUCUUCAGCGGGGGACGCGCCCAUAGCCUCUCCCCAGAGCAGCGAGGUCGGGUCGGGGCAGUCGGAGCAGGACGCCCCCUCUGCUCGGGACUGUGGACAAGAGGAAAAUGUCCAGACGUGUUUAAAAGCCAUCGCCUCUUUAAAAAUCACAACAGAGGAGCAGCAUUAGGCGACCAGGCUGCGUUCAGGUGUCUCUGGGCGUGUGGAAAGUUUUAGUUUGAGUUUAUAAUUCAGGAAACCAAAAAAAGGUAAAAUAGCAGCAACAUUACUUAGUUACUUUGAAAAAAAAAACACUACCAGGCAAAAGUUAGUGACUACUUUCUACAUUUUCAAUACACACAGAAGACCUCAAAUAUAUAAAACAAAAUAUACAGAAUAAUGUAGUAAAAAUGUAAUAACUCUGGAUUCAAAUUCUACUUCAACCUUACUUUUACUUUUACUUUUACUUUCGUUUUGGCCCUGAUCUCAGCCAAAACAAUUUAAAAAAAUAGAAAGAUCCUACUCUAACUUUCUUGUUAAAUAUAGACCUGUAGUUUAUUUAACACUCCUACCAGCUAUUACAAAUUCUAAAGUCAUUUCAGUUUUCCUGAGCAGUCCCUUGGUCCCUGAACGCAGCCUGCCUCUCCACUCCUCGUCACCUCAUCUCUGCUGCUUUGAGGCAAUACAAACUCCCUCUGGACCCGAUCUGGACCGGGUUCUGAUCCUGGUCUAGUCCCGGUCUCGAUCCUUUUUGAACUCUGUGGAGCCGAGACACUUUUAGAGACGUUUUAAAUAUUAUAACUUGAGAAGAAAUCAUUUUAAGGGUGCCAGUGCAAUACAGCGAAGCUAAUCUUGCCUUUGUUUGAGCGUAGUUGCACAUCAGUGAUAUUUAUGAGUGUACAGACCUGUCCAAACCCUGUCCCUAUGCCCUAAACCCUGUACCCUAAACCCUAAACCCUAAACCCUAUACUAGAGGCUUAUGUAUUUCACUGUUUGAAUAUAGACUGUGGUUCAUGUAUCAUAUCAAGUGUGAAAAUGCAGUAGUGCAAUUUAAACAGAGCCUGGUUCAUGAGCGCUGGAUUAACCAAGUCUGAGUAUGAUAAACUUGAAUAAUCGGAAAUUUAAAUCCGACUAAACUCUGAAUUUGUUGCCGUGGAAACGUAUUCAAGCAUGGGUUCAUCAGCUGAGAGCUCUGACUCGUCAUUCCCUCCCUCAUCUCAUCUCAUUUACGUUUAUUCGUUUCACAUUAGAAAUAACGACACACUGAUAAUCAAAGUCUGGACGCUCAGACUUAAGGGUAUGAAAGCCAAAGUGUCUUGCAAGUCAAGUUUCGUCCUUUUGUUUCUCUUAAUCGUUAAUUGUGUGGUUGUUGGAUCCUAACGGCUCGAGAAAUUUGUUUGCGAACUCCAUAGACGCAAAAGGGAGUCAGAUGUGUGUGACUGUAAACCUCUGUUCAAACUGUUUCUCUUCCCAACGAAAUUGGGAACAAAUGGGAAUGGCGCUCCACAUACAAAAUGUUCACUGUAAAAUCGGGAUGAUUUAGGCAGACAAAGUUUCCUUUUUGGUUCUUCCUGUGGAUCAAUCCUGUCCAUCACCUUCAUCUUUCACUAUUUUUCAUUUCUGUUGUUAAGAGAAACAGUUUGAACAGAGGUUUGAGUCACACACAUCUGAUUCCCUUUUGCAUUUACGGAGUUCGCAAACAAAUUUCUCUAGUCGUUUUCCGCUGUUAGGAUCCAACAACCACACAAUUAACGAUGUCCGAAUCCCAAAACUAAAAUAUGACAAUAUCAGAACCAGAAACAAAAGUGAUAUGAUUCAAAAGACUUGAAAAGAUCGACUUUGUCAAUAGACACAUUCCCACUGGGAAAACAAACAUGGAGGUUUGAUGCUCACUUCUGUGGGAAAUCCUUCCCAGUAUGAAUUGCACAAUAAACGGAAGUCCAAGAUUCUUGAUGCGUCUAUAAUGUUGAAUUCUCUCAUCUAUUUUCAUACAUAAAUUACACUGGAUUAUAAGGCGCAUUAAGAGAAACAAAAGGACGACACUUGAGACUGAUCCUUAGUCCAGGCGUCCACGAUCCAUCGGCAGAUCGUGGCGUAAUUCGCCCGGUGUUGUCUCUCUGUCUUGGUGAAUGUGGAUUAUGAAUGUGAAUGUGGCUGGACAAUUUAAGUUUGUUUUAUUUCCUAUCAGGAAGACUCAAAUAUACAUCAAGUAAUAAUGUGUUUAACGCAGCUUUGCCACAUUUGUUUAUGUUUUACAGAAAUGAAACUUAAAACCACAUGUGUAAUUUGAAUAAACUAUAAGAGCUGAAGAAAAAAAAAACAGCUAACUCCUUGUGCGCUGAUGCAGUUCAGUUUCUGUCGGACUAAAGGACAUGACUUAGUGCAAUAUGUUUGUUCUUUCUGUGACAAGGCGACAGCAGCAGUGUGCGUUGAGUCGACACAGAAUUAUACUUCGCCCUUUACUUCGCGAGGCUCCUGUGCGGCUUUGUAGUUUACCAAAGUCGUACUAAAACAUUCUGAUGGUUUUUGAGCACCGUGUAUGUCAUAAAAUCAGUUUGAGGUCAGUAACACAACCAGAAUUAAUACAUAAAGUGCACCAGAUUAUAAGGUGCACUGUCAAUUUUUGAGAAAAUGAAAAGAUUUAAAGUGUGCCUUAAAACAACAACAACAAAAAACAUUAACUAGACAUUAAUAAAACACAUUCAGUUGAUAGUAUCCUACUGAAUGUAGUGUUUUCAUUACAUUUAACAUGUCAACUUUAACAUUUUUAACUCAAAUAUUGUUGAAAUGCAGAUUUUUUUCUAAUACAUGAAGUGACUGUGUUUGCUCACUCAUAGAAAUGGUCAGGUUCAACAUUUGUAAAUUUACAUUUUGGAUAUUUCAUGGUAAAGUCCAGUGUAAUCAAAAGAGAAGUCUGGUUCUGGCCCCAUCUGGGAACAUAACAUCAUCACAUUGUGUAAUCUGAAAACCAGCAAUACCGAUACCAAUACCUGAUAUUAACCGAUACCAGUGUAGGGACAGAUGAUGUCAGUUAUUUCCUUAAAAUAAAGUCAACUUAUUACACAAGAGAUCCAGGUGUGUUAUGAAACUGUUCUUCAUCCUUCACAUCACCACAGAACAGCUUCAUAUAGAUAAAAGUUCAAACAUGAGACUUUCUAGGACAAAAUUAUCCUGUAAUACCUGAUCCAGUCAUUUUUUUCCGUAUCAACAUCCAUAUUUGAUACCAGUAUCGAGUCGUGUCCCUCCUACCAGCAUGAUUUCACUGCUGCUCGUGCUCUUCUGGUCGUGUUAGUUUCAGUAUUUGACCUAAUGCUUGGACAGUCUCCAUUUUGACAAACACUUUUGUCUCUGAUAAUCUGACUCCUUCACUCAUUUGAGGAACAUUGAGUUUAAACUCAGACGUGGUUAAAUGUGCCUUGUGAGUCGGGCUCGGAGAUUCUUUAAAGGGACUGGUGUGUGCGAUGGAACCUGGUGUGACCAAAAUGUGGCGCUGUGGUGCAGUUUUGGUGCUGUGGACGUGAGGGGUUGUGCCUUUCAUUUGCUCUGUAUAUUUUCAAAUGAACAGAACUUUAUCGGCUUUAUCAAACAAUGCAGCUUGAUUUUUGUUUUUCUUUAUAUAUUUUCUUUUUAAUGCAUUUUUUUUUGUUUUGUUUCUCAAUGUUGUGGUUUUUAUCAAUGCAUGGGAAUUUGCUCUUGCACAAACUA